AUGCCUGGGCUUUCCAUGUGGCUCAGUGAUAAAGAAUCCGCCUAUCAAUGCAGGAGGCACAGGAGACCCCGGUUGUAUCCUGAGGUUGGGAAGAAGGAGGAGGAAAUGACAACUCGCUCUGGUAUUCUUGCCUGGAAAAUCCCAUGGACACAGUUGUCUGGUGGGCUACAGACCCUGGGUUUCCAAAGAGUCAGACACAACUUCGCGACUGAGCAUGUACAUACGCAUGCCUGCCCUUUUUGUGUAUGUCAAACCAUGUUGCAAGCAUUUUUCUUGAUUUGCUUUUUUUUUUUCUCAGUUAACAAAUGA